AUGUCCUCCGGCGCCGACGCCUCCGACCUCGACGCCGCGCUCGCCCUCCUCUCCGGCCCGGAGCUCGUGGCGCACCUCCGCGCCACCUGCCGCAGGGCGGACUACGACGCGGCCGCACGGGUGCUCGGCGACCGCGACCGCUGGCUUGCCCAGGCCGAGGCCGCGCUCGCCAAGGCCCGGACGGGCCUGGCGGACUUGACCGCGGAAGUCCAGGCCCAGCAGGAGCGCUACGAGAUCGAGGCGGCGCGCCGCGGGCCGAGCAGCCGCUCCUCUGGUGGCGCGAUCGCGGCCGCGGCGCCGCGGGUCGACCGGCGCGCUGAGGAGCCGGACCCGAAAGGCGCUAUUGACCUCUGCAGCAGCAGCGACGACGACGAGUUGGAGGAGGGGGAAGAGUUCCGCCCCGAUGUCGCGGGGGUUUCUUGCAAGCGGAAGGAGUCCGCGUCCAGGGCCGAGGAAGGGCGCCGCGCGGGGGUUUCUUGCAAGAGGAAGGCACCCGCGUCAGCGUGCACGCCCGACGACGACGACAAAAUCCCGCUCAGCCAGCUUAUCAAGAAGCGGAGGAGAGCUAAGCCUUGGGCUAAUGGCGAACCCAAGAAGGGGCAUGGAGAUGUGCAGGCGAAUUCUGCUGGACCUUUGGGGGUUUCUUGCAAGCGGAAGGAGUCCGCGUCCAGGGCCGAGGAAGGGCGCCGCGCGGGGGUUUCUUGCAAGAGGAAGGCACCCGCGUCAGCGUGCACACCCGACGACGAGGACGACAAAAUCCAGCUCAGCCAGCUUAUCAAGAAGCGGAGGAGAGCUAAGCCUUGGGCUAAUGGCGAACCCAAGAAGGGGCAUGGAGAUGUGCAGGCGAAUUCUGCUGGACCUUUGGGGGUUGAUCGGCCUGUGAUUUCUCCCGUGAACAGCGGAAUCCCCGAAGCAGUCGCUGAGCACAUGGCUGGUAGCCCUGAUAUUCCAAAGGUGGCGGUUUUCGUGCAGGGGACUGGGAAUGGCCAAUCGGGGAAGAAUGGGGGAUUGUCCAGGACAAUGCCGAGUCCUCGGCCCACUGGUUCCACUGCUGGGAACAGCCCGCACAAGAACUGCUCCAAGCCCGAUGGCUCUGAAGGCCGAGCGAGGAUUGGUGAGAAACAAGGUCCUGUUGCUGGUCCGGAGAAUGAUGCGCCCGUUCAGGUGAGAACUCCAAGCGUUACUGACACGGCGAGAAGAAUUGUUGGAUCAGCGCGAGUUGGUGCUGAGACGCCCAUGGAGCACACUGAUUCUUCAUCGGAUGGAACUAUCAGCGUCGUUCUCAAGUCUAUCGAAGGGCAGGAGAAAGCAAUUGGUGGAGUGCAUAAGACGAAGGUGUCGCUGGAAACUAAUGGAACUGGGGACAAAGCUAGUAUUGUGUUGAAGGAUACUAGAGAGAAAGGGAAACCAGAUGACCAAGUGCUCAACACAAAGGUGUUGUCAAGAACUGAUGGAAUUAGGGAACAAGGGGGUAAGCUUAGUCCUUGUCAGAGUCCGUUCGAUACUCAUGGAGGCAGACCCACGACAUCAGAUAAGCCAGUGUCAGCCACCUUGCAGCGGAAAAGCCAGCCUGCGCUGCAUUCGUCGGAGCAAAUGUCAUUAGAGAGUUCAUUGCCUUCAGCAGUUACAAGACACUGGAAAUCUUCUUCAGAUGUUUUUAACUCAUGCCUAGGAAAAAAGGAGCUCUGUAUGCAAGCUGCUUGUGCUCUUCACCGCCAGAGAAAGUUUACAACUCAGCCAACUGAAGGAGGACGAAGUGGAUGUACUGGACUCAGCAAAUUUGAUGCACACAGGUCUGUUAAAAUUGAGUCCCUUGGAGGUUAA